AAGGAAUUUAUAAAGUAAAGAAGAAGAAAAUCCUUAAUUUAUAAGCUAGAAGAUUAUGAUUAUCUAUAUAAUUACUUUAUGUUUAUUCCUUUCCUAUCAAGAAACUGUUUCAGCGAAUAAUGAAACUUUCAAUUAUACCUUUUAUAAGAGCUUCAUAAAAAAUGUGGAUUUAGCAAAUAACGAAACCUUUAAUUAUACUUUGUAUAAGAGUUCUAUGGAAAAUGCUGAUUUAUUCGAAGGCGAUAUUAGAUUGGAUACGUCAUUUGGAGAGAGUCGAGCAGUUGUACUGAAUCAGAGUAAACUUUGGGAUGAUGGUAUAAUAUAUUACAAGUUUUCUCCUCGCUUAAAUAUUGGCAGAAAGAUUAAUUUAAUAACAAUUUUUCAAAUCGUCGAGCAUGUAACUUGCUUACGUUUUGUAUAUAGAAAAACAGAGGAUGAUUAUAUUUACAUACAGGAAGGGAAAGGAUGUAAUUCUAUGGUUGGAAAGGAAGGUGGACGUCAGAUUCUUAAUUUAGGAAGUGGAUGUUGGAACCUCGGAAUAAUAUAUCACGAAUUAGGCCACGUUAUUGGCUUGUAUCACGAACACAAUCGACCGGAUCGUGAUAAAUAUAUAAGAAUUUUAUGGAAUAAUAUUAGAGAUAGUUAUAUCACGGGUUUUGCGUUGUACGACGAGAACGACUUGAGAAUAUGUGACGAUUAUAGUUACGAUAGCAUUAUGCAUUAUGGUCCUAAAGCCUUCGCUAAAUAUGGUAAAGUAAGUUUCGAGCCAAUUCUUCCAAAUGUUACCAUUAAAGAAACUUACGAAUGGGAAUUUUACUCAGAAUCCGACAUUAAAUGUAUUAACAAGUUAUACAAUUGCGAAUAAAUUCUGUUGUGAAUAUAUAAAUAAAAUUUAGUUCAUUAUGUGAA